ACCAAGAUGGCAAUCAAGCAGAGCAAGAUGGCCGCCAGCAUCAGUCCACGCGUGCCCACAACAAUAGCUGGAGAGACAAACACACAAACACAUGAAGUCAGCUGGCUGCUAAACCCAGAGGGUAUUCCGCUUCUAUGCUCCAGGAUAACUGCGUCAAAGCAAAAAAAUGGGCAAAGGAUUGCACCCAAUUGUGUUUGUGCUGCUGCUUCUGUGUUACUACGGUGACACGCUGUCCCACAUCAACUGUCCAUACAGAUGCCAGUGUUUCACACCAGUCCAAGUGCUUUGCGCUGACGAACGCAUGACAUCUGCGCCCAGAAACAUAUCCCGAGAGGUGAAGGAAGUCAUCAUCAUGACAUCGGCCAUGCAGUACCUGUUCCCCAACUCCUUAGAGGGCAUUCCCCAACUGGACAAGCUUAUCUUCUUCAACAAUGCACUGCGAAGUAUUCAUUCUCAGGCUUUUCAGAACUUAACGGAGCUGAGUGAGCUGGAGAUCAGCGGGAACCCUUGGCUGGAACAUUUGUUUCUGGGGACCUUUUCGACACAGGCAAACCUGACAAAGCUGCAACUGAAUUACAACAGGUUCCACACCGUGCUUCCUGGUAUGUUUAACUCCCUUAAACGUUUAGAGACUCUACAGAUGAAGGGCAACGUCCUAUCAGAGCUGCCCGCAUCUUUGUUUCUCCACCUUCAAAAUCUGCAUACGCUGGAUUUGUCUCUUAAUAAAAUGCAACAGGUGGAAAGAGAGACUUUCUCUGGUUUGCUUCGGCUGGAGAUUCUGAAAAUGAACAACAACCUCAUUAGCAAUAUUUCAUCAGACACCUUUCAUCAUGUUGGUCAGCUAACGGAGCUUCACUUAGAGGGGAAUAAGAUAUCAGAACUUGCUGAUGAGACCUUCUCCUUGUUGCCCAAACUGAAGGUGCUGAACCUCAGGGGAAACUGCCUCACAAUUUUCAGCGAUAAAGUGUUUGGAAGUGAGGGGACCAAUUUAACACAGCUGGACUUGAGGGUUAACAGGCUGACAGAACUGUCCUCUUUAAGCACUCUGACAUCACUUACUGACCUUCUCUUGUCAUCCAAUCAGCUUUCGAGCCUUCCUGAGGACAUUUUUAGAAACAUCACCACCCUAGAGAAUUUGGACCUUUCUGAAAAUCAGCUCAUCUCAUUACCAGAAAAGAUCUUCACUGAUCUCAAAAGCAUCAAAAUGAUCUACCUCCAUAAAAACCAGCUGAGCAGGUUGGAUGCCAAACUAUUCCUGGACCAGCAGUUCAUUCAGCAGCUCUACCUGUCUGACAACCAGCUGCAAAAUCUACCUCUGGGCCUCCUGGACCAGUUCACCCUCCCGCACAUGCUGCGACUACACGGCAACCCUUGGAAGUGCGACUGCCACAUGUGGUAUUUGCAUGAUUUAGUGCUGAAUAACAGCCAGGACAUUGAGAUGCUGGACAGGAUGCUCUGUGAGAGUCCUGACUUCCUGAGGAGUCGACCAGUAGCAUCCAUUGACAGGGAUGAGCUGCGGUGUCAUUUGUCCAAAGCUGCGGAGUUGGACGUCAGCAGCUGCAGCCUUCACAAGUCCACAGACUCACUGGUCAUCAAGUGCAAGGUGGAGAAAUGUUCCCCACUGACAGUCAAAGUGCAGUUUCUGGAGCAUAACGGUAGCAUUACGGAGAAUAUUUGGAGCAACCACGAUUCUCAAUGCAGCAAUGCGACAGCGACUGAGGCUCCCAUGCCGUAGAUUUUUGGUGAUUUCAUCACAUUUUGUGUUUUAGACAGGCCAGUUGUACAAUGUGUCAAUUCUGCAAACAAACUGUGAGGGGUGGAUGAACCUUUUUCAUUCCAAGAUUCAAAGUUCAGUCUGCGUCUUGUUGCUGUCAUCACCAAAACGGAUAUGUUAAUCAUCCACUGUGGCGUUUUUUUCAGUGUCCGCUAGAUGCUCUCUUACAUGCACUGAAUAUCCAGUAAUAGAAACCUGCACAAAAGGGUAAGCAGAGGACAUUUGAAAAUCAACAAUAAACAACAAUAAAAGAAACAUCUCUGAUCAUUUAAAAAUGAUCAAAGUCAAGAAAUUGGCUGCUUGGAUUAGUAAUUUGCUAAUAAGGUCUUCCACUGACUGGGUAGAAGCUUGAGAAAAAAAAGAAACGAAGAAAAAUAUAAGACCAACCCUGCUUUUCUGGCAAAAUUUAUCUUUUUGAAUCAAAAUUUCAAUAUCUGCUAAAUCCUUUCAUUAAUUUUCUACAACACUUAUCCUCACUAGGGUCCCUUUGGUAUUCUGGAGCCUAUCCCAGCUGACUUAGGGCGAGAGGUAGGGUGCACCCUGGACUGGUCGCCAGCCAAUCGCAAGGACACAUAUAGACGAACAUUCAUAUUAAUACCUAUGGACAAGUUAGAGUCUCCAAUUAACCUAACAUGUAUAUUUUUGGAAUGUGGGAAACUGGAAGUACAAACAGUACAAAGAUAAAAUACAAACCCACAUCUCCGGAUGCAAACCACGAGGCCACCGUGCGGCCAAUAUCAGCCAAAUCAACAUCAUAACUCCUCCUCUGUUGUUUGCGAAGGCUGGAUUCACACUUGUUUGGCACUCUGGUCUAAACCAAAAAUUGUUGAGGGACCAAAAAAAAGGCCCCAGAUGCAUGUGCAAGUAACGACAUGAUUACAUGCAGCUUCUGUGACUUAGUAUGUGACAAAACUUAAAUAUUCCAAAACAAAAUGCUGUCUGCUGGGUUGAAUACAUUGGUUGCCAACCCAGCACCUAUUUUUACCGUCUCAGAUUUCACAAAAAGCUUUGAAAAUAUACUUUUAUACAGUGCCCUCAUUUGUGAGGCGCAAGAUGGACUAAACACAUGGGCCAGUUUUAAAAUGCAUGAAAUAAUUACAGAUAUAUAAAAGAAAUUGCAUCUCAUUCUGCUCUCUCGCUCUGUGUGUGACAGAUGACAGAUGUUUUUCUAGAGGGAAAAUGUCAUCUUUUAUUUGGGUUGACGCAGCAAUUCAAUCCUUUUACUUGACCUUGACUUCCGUUUUUAAAACACUGUUACAAGGCAGACCUAGGACACGCUGGCGGGAUUAUGUCUCACAGCUGGCCUGGGAACGCUUUAGUGUCCUCCCGCUGGUGCUGGAGGAGGUGGCCGGGGACCGGGAAGUCUGGGCUUCCCUACUGAGACUGUUGCCCCCACAACCCAGACCGGGAUAAGCGGAAGAAAAUGAAUGGAUGGAUGGAUGCUACAAUUAAGUUACUAGACCUAUUUUCAAAUUUGCCUCUGAAUUUUAAAUAGUCGUCCUUGCCACUUUGCAGUUCGAAUUUUGCUGCUUCACUAGAACAUGUUUUUUUCACAAAUAAUACUUAUAAUAAAUCAAUCAUGCUGUUUUGUGGUUGAAUACGGCUAUUAUUAAUAAAAAGUAUUUUACGUGUUUUUAUAAUUGUACGUAUUUGAGCCUAAAUUGAGCAUUUUCAAGCAUAAAAAUGGCUAAAUGAACAAAAACACAAAUAUAAGGCAUUCAGAAGACACAUCGAAAGACGCUAUGAAUCAUAUUUCGUAUUCUACACUGGCCACUAGGUGUCAGUUAUGUUACUGACGCACAGACACCAGACUUGAUCAAAAGGCUUAUAUUGCAGGUUUGAAAUAUCUGACAACAGGCAUAAUAAUCACAAUGAAAAUUCCCAAUAAAAACAAAGGUUACUGCUGUGGCCAUAACCCACAUCAAGCUAGAAGUCCACUCUAAACCCCUGACGUCAUUUCCUGUCAGCUCCCCUACGGAACACAUUUAUAGCAACACACAUGAGCACGAGUCUUAUUUAUGUCUUAAAUGGCUUAUUUACUCUUAUUAUGUCUACUAUCUUGGGUACCAGGAGUGUAAAGGUGACUAUAGGGGUGUUAUUUCAUGUCUAGAGGGCUCUAAUAAUAUUAAAAACCGUAUUUACAAGGUAGGGAGGUUUUCUAUGCUCCAAAAAUAUUUCAUUUAUAAAUGAAAAAUUACUGUAUAGUUAUGAUAAGUAGCCCAUAAUUUAAUUGAGUGUGGAUUUUUUGUAAGUCUCCCUUUAUACCUAAGUGGACAGUAUAGCAAUAUGAGUCCAUUAUAUUAUCAAAUUUAGCGUUGUUUUUUUUUCUAGGGGUGCACUGUCCCACACUUUGAAUACCAUGUAACAGAUCACCGUUAUCACUUCAGAGCCUGUUCUGACAAGAAUUUAGUCGGAUUUCAUCCAAAAGGUACUGCAUAAAAUUAUAAAAACUAUAACAUUAAUUGAUUUGAUCUCAUGACAAAACAUUGUUUUGUGGGAAAAUCAUGUUUUUCACAUCAAAAUACAACUUUUUUGCCUCUAUAUUUUUUGCAUAUUUGUUGGGUGCGUCGUGGCACACACCGCUAUUAGCUUGAAGGGCGUUUUUGAGAGGAUUGAGCUCUUAAAUUGAGCACAAUUAAACUAUUACUACUAGUAUUAUUAAAUGCAGAAUUGGCAAAUGUAUUUGGUAAAACAGCAAAUGCAUUGAUUACAACGCUUACAACGUCUGUGUAAAUGCCUUUUUACAAUUUUAACCCCACAAAAAGUCAUCUCAGGAACCCUGUAAUGUCUACUUUGGGAGGGGAAGAAGGGUUAUAUUGAGGCGUCUUUAAAAAGACGACCCCACUGACUGACCACUGAUCAUCCCAUGAGUCUCCUGGGAUCAGCCCAGCGCUGCUGAAUGCCAAGAGGGGUAUAAAGGCGAGAGAUGUAGCGGGGAGGAGACAAGCCUGGACACAACAAGGCACACAGAUGGCUACACCUUCUAUACAGCCUGCUAACCCGCGGUUAAUAAGGGUCAAAGGUCAGGGGGUUGAUUGGUUCCUCCGGCCAGCUGAAUGACAUCGCAAUUCACAUGACAAAAAGUGGUGGCUGUCUUACUUCCAAAGUUUGAAGGCGUGACCUCGAGAGGAGAUAAUCCUCACUUGACCAGAGUGGUGGAACUGAAAAACAUUCAAAAUACAACUUUUUCAGCAUACUUCUAUAUCUUAUAUUUACUUAAAUUAUAAUUAUUAUCACUUUAAAUAGCGCGUUAACGGCGGUAACUCAUUUAUUUCAUUAAUUAUGUUACAUUUUUUAGCAUAAUUAACGCACACGCCUUUUGGCAAGCCACAUCUAACUGUUAUGAGGACAGAAGGCAGAACAGUUUAGUUCCCCACACGGUCUAACGCUCUUUUACAACUGUAAUCUAACCUGAACACAUCAAAAGCGGUGCAAUUCCAACAACAAGAACGUAUUUCCAACUCACAAACGCGUCUUUUGUCCCUUGGUCGUCGGAACAACACUUCCUCAUUGUCGCCACACGACCGCGAGAUGCAUUCAGGGACACUCCAAACAUCACAAGAACGUCCUUAUUAUGCGUCCAAAUAAACAGAAAAACAAAGAAAAAUAAUAAGUGGAUAUUUUUAUGAUUAAUUUUGUAACUCUAAAUGCGGAAGUACAAUAUGCUGCAUUUAAGUACGCUCGGACAUCCCAUAAAAUACACUCAAUGUAAUGUUAAAUUACGUGGGGAGUAUGAACGCAACUCAUAAUAACACGGUUAAAGUGUGAUUCAUAUGUUCUGCUACUAUUAAAGAAACUAGUGUUAGGUAUAUACAGUACAUAUUUUAAGACGUGUGGUAUCUUUUAGCUUGAUUUAAAUUUUCAGUUCAUUUGGAGCUGUUAAUACAUAUAUAUAUAUAUUACAUUUAUCUUUCUUUCAAUAAAAUACAGUAAACAUGGAAAUA